CCUGGUAAAGCCAAACGCCGGCCACGCCCAGAUUGGUGCUCUCACUGAGGAAACGUGCCUGGACAAAUGAAAGGUUACGCCCAAUUAGCCGCCGGGGACGGCCUUUAAAACUCCCGCACCUCAUUGGCUUUUGCCAAAAUACGUUCGCGAUGUGGUUGAAACUGUUGUGCGCCUUGUUCUGGCUUCGAGUGGUGCUCCUGAAGCCACAGCUAGACGAGGAUUGUGAGCUCUAUGCGACAGAUACCAUGCACGACUUUUGCUGCGAACUGCAUUACGAAACGCCGCAGUUUAGCGACUGCCUAACGGACUGGCAUGACAAGAUACACUUCACCAACGAGCAGGAGGAACAGAUCUUUAUGUUCUGCACCGCCGAAUGUACAUACAACAGCACCGAAUUUCUGGCCGCCAAUCGUCAAUCUCUGAAUCUGCAGCACGUGCGCGAGCAUCUGGAGAACGACUUGGCCGACGCAGCGGAUGAGGCGCUGCUCUACGAGACCUACGUCAAGUGCGACAAGCAUGCUCUCACGCUGCUGAGUCACAAGGGCGUGCAGUCCCUGGCCAAGCGUCUGUCGCCGCACGGCUGUCAUCCGUAUCCCGGUCUGGUGCUGGAGUGCGUGGCCAACGAGAUGAUCCUCAAGUGUCCGCCCAAGCGCUUUCACCAGACACCGCAAUGCCGUGUCGCACGCGACUUUUUGCGCGAGUGCAUGCAACAUUUGAAAUAUGCAUAGACACUGCGAGGCAGCCCUAUUGAAGUCUACAGAUGUAAUAAAAGCAAGUGUUAAAAGCA